AACUUAACAUGUGUCUAUAUUAUUUCUAUUUUCCGACAUCAGCAUGAUUUACCAAUGUGACGAAUCUGCCGCCGUUUGUCUUUGACUCUAUUUACCUAAUACGCCGCCUGUCAUUGAGAAACAUGGCUGCCUCCACGGGUGCUGCAAACGCUGCUGCCUCCGACUUUCACGGUCCAGCUUCGGCGGCUUCGAGCAUGGACAACCCACCGAUCCAGUACAGCGCCAUUCUGGACCAUCUCGUCGGGGACAAGAGGGCCGUAAAGGAGCUGAGUCCCGGCGUCAUGGGCGGACUGCCGAUGCCGUUUAAAAGCGACGAGCAGAAGAUGAUCGAGAGGGGAAUGGAGAGCUGCGCCUUCAAGUCGGUGCUGGCCUGUGUGGGAGGUUUUGUCCUCGGAGGAGCAUUUGGGGUUUUCACUGCAGGCAUCGAUACCAAUGUUGGCUUCGACCCCAAAGACCCCCUGAAAACUCCCUCCGCACGAGAAGUCCUCAAAGACAUGGGCCAGAGGGGGAUGUCAUACGCCAAGAACUUUGCCAUCGUGGGCGCCAUGUUCUCCUGCACAGAGUGCAUCAUCGAAUCACAUCGGGGGAAGUCUGACUGGAAGAACGGCGUGUACAGCGGCUGUGUCACGGGGGGGGCCAUCGGAUUCCGCGCUGGCCUGAAAGCCGGGGUGCUUGGGUGUGGAGGCUUCGCUGCGUUCUCCGCUGCCAUUGAAUAUUAUUUACGGUGAACCACAAAAGAGUGACUCUAUCAGGACUCCAUGGACAGACCUGUGACCAAUGGGACGCGUCAGUAUUUACCUGCACGUGGAGGAUAAAAACAGGGCUGAUGUUUUCGGUGGAUGCGACGGGUUCCUAUUCGUGAACAAUGGUGGGGAAAGAGACUCUGCUCUUUCAUCACAGUUUGAGCAACUUCCUGAGGAGAAUUUCCUGACGUGAGCAGAGGGACCUGCUUCUGUGUUCAAUGUUCUUAUUACUGUUGUUACUGGAGAACAUUUGUAUGAUGUGUCCACCGGACUAAUCCACAUCAAAUCAUUUGAGUCAUUUAAGUAUACAAGUGUCCAGGAAAAUGUAGUUAUUCUUGACCAAAUAAAAUAAUAGACUGAGAUAAACAUAAUAGUAUUGUGCCAGUAGGCUCAUGUGCUGGGACCUGUUGUUCGAUGCUUUAGGAUGAACCAACAUACUGUUGGGGAAUGUGUCACAUCAGGGGCAUUUCAGAUAAAUCAAACUGCGUCAAAAAAAAUGUAUUUCUUUCUCAAGACUUUCAGAUGUGAAAUAACUGGAAACAGCAUUGCAGGGAAUGAAAGAGUUUUUAGUGCUGUGAGCCAGAGAAUUUAAAGCAACAAAGUCGUAUUGCCCACAUGUGCACAAGUAUAUAUAUAUUUUAAAGUGUUAAUUUAGUAUAGAAUGAACACUUUGUGAAGCUUAUAAGGCCUUAAGUGUGGCAUUUUGUCUAAAGAAUAAAAGGUCUGCUAUCGCCCCCUACUGGCAUGAAACGUAUCCAAAACCGAUGCUCUUAACACCAAUACUGUCAUAAAGUGGAUUUUAAGUCAAAGGAUAUGAACACCAGUGUGGCCACAUCCUGUGAGGGUCACAUUCUUCCAAAGAUGAACAUUUUGAUUUUCCCAGAUAUGAGUACAUCAAAUAGAACGCGGUUUCAUAUGUGGGAUCAAGAAAAACAACCCAAAUGGACUGCUUAUCGUCACUAACAUUUUGUACUGACAUAAACUCGCUAGAGACAACCAUGUCUUCAGAACUCUGGCUAAAACAUGAGUUCUAAUCCAUAACUAGGUGUAAAAAGCUGUAAAACAAACCUCUGUGUGACAGUCAGCUGUCAGUUGACAGCUUCAACCGUAACUGAUGUAAUGUCAUAAAAAGGUGACCAUAGUCUUACUGGAAGAGUAAUAUGACCCAGAUUCAUCAGGAGGUUCAAUGAUGUAGAUGAUACAACCGGAGGGGAAAAUAGCACCUGCAAGUUUGACUUCUAAUUCUAUAUUAGAAUUCAUAUAUAUUAAAAACAAACUAUAACACAUUUCGGGGCAUUCUGUCCAUCAAAUGUUCAUCUUAUUUGGCAUAAACAUUGAGAGAAAGUCGUCUUUUGUGUGUUUUUGCAACAGUCCUGAAAAACAGUGACCUUUUUAAUAAAACACAAUGAUUUAUACUGUGAUAAAGUUAUUAAGAGGAUACAUCUAUAUAGUAAUCAUGAAAGGUAUCUAACCUGCACAGUUACUGUGUCCAGGUCAGAGGUCACAUGACUGGGGGGCUGCCCUAAAUAUGUCAACACAUCAUAUCAUUUUUUGCAGUGGUGGAGUUUAACCAGCAGGAGGUGCAACAUACCGAGAUCUGAAAUUUGAAAUACCCAAAUGUGGUUUAAUCUCGAAUAGUUUGGUUUUAGAUGAUGUGAGUUAGUUGAAUCAUGUGGAGAAGAAAAUUAUAAAAAGGAAGCCGUGAUUCUGAAGUAUUAGCGAUUUUGUGUAAAUUAUACAGUACAUUAUAGCUGUGCAUUACAAAACAGCAAAGAAUUGCCUUUAGGAUUAUGAAGUGGGGAAAGAAAGAGUUGGGUUGUUGUCCAAUAUUUAAACUAUUUAAUAAAUCUUUUAAAAAGAUUUUUUAGAAAAGGUGGUGUGUGAAUAGUUAUUUUAGCCGCACAAUGCAUAAAACAUGAAUAUCAAAUAGUUGGUGUAAUAUUUUGUCUAUGAGUUUUUACACAGCGAUCACCCAGAACACCGUUAGCCCCCCAUGUGCUGCUCAUCCGUGAUGUUGGUGAGAAGAGGAGCUGACAAAGACAAAAAGCCACCGAGCCACGACGAUGAGCGUCACAAUGAUCACAUUUUGUUCUGUAGCUGUGAGACUCCUUCAUCCAACUUUAUUGUGGUUUUUAUUCUUUUUCUUUCCCAUGUAUCAAAUUGGGACUACGAUCUAAAAUGUGCUGUGCAACCCUGUAGUAGACUGACAAAUAAAC